AUGGCCUGGGACUGCUUGUGCAGCAGGGACUUACUGCGCCCGAAGAUACGAAGCGCCUCAAUGGGGCCGGCUGGCAGCCAGCGCAGCGCCAGAACACCCACCCUGGAGGAGCUGCGGCGCCUGCUCUGGACACGCACACUGCCCAUGGGCCAUGCGGAUGAAGUCUGGCCAAACCUUUACGUGGGAGACCUGCACAUCGCUCGUGACAAAGUGCAGCUGAGCCAAAUGGGCAUCUCCCAUGUAGUGGAUGCUGCUGCUGGGCGAUUUCACAUUGACACCGGACCCAAGUUCUACAAAGACUUGUCUGUGGAUUACUAUGGAGUAGAAGCAAAGGACAACCCAAACUUUGAUCUCAGCAUUUACUUCUACCCAGUUGCUCAAUACAUAAAAGCAGCACUGAGUUCCCCAAGAGGCAAAGUGCUAGUUCACUGUGCAAUGGGAAUCAGUCGAUCUGCGGCGCUUGUCCUUGCUUUCUUGAUGAUCUGUGAAAACAUGACCCUCGCUGAUGCGAUUCAGACUGUGCGUUCACACAGAGGGAUUUGCCCCAACUCUGGCUUCCUCAAGCAGCUAUGGGAGUUGGACCUCCAGUUAGGAAGAGGUAAAGGCAGAGGAGCAGAGGCCUGCUAGUGCCAAGGAGGCAUUCCUGGCAGCAGACCAAGAGAUGCUGCCCUCACUGAAGACAGUGCAAGGAUGCUGUCAGGACUGCUUUGUAGCUUAACUGAGAAACUCCUUGGGAAAUGGCUGAGCACAAGCAAGCUGGUGGAGUUGAAUGUGUAUUUUUUGGAUCGCACCACUAAUUGGAAAGAAAAUGAAAUAAAGACAGAUUCAA